CACUGGAUGAUGAUUGUGCUCUCAGUUUCCAACCUGCUCUGGCCGAGGUUCUACCCUUUACAUCCAGAGGUGUAAGUCUUCACUUUCCUAGCUGUUCCUGCUCAUUAUUGCCCCAUGGACUUCUAUGGGGUUUGUCACAAAGCCAGAGAAGCCAGAGAUAAUUGAAGUCUAUGGGGCUGUAAUGCGCAAGGACAGUGAAGGCUUGCACCACUGGAUGAUGAUUGUGCUCUCAGUUUCCAACCUGUUCUGGCCGAGGUUCUACCCUUUACAUCCAGAGGUGUAAGUCUUCACUUUCCUAGCUGUUCCUGCUCAUUAUUGCCCCAUGGACUCCUAUGGGCUUUGUCCCGAAGCCAGAGAGGAUUGAAGUCUAUGGGACUGUAAUGCACAAGGACAGUGAAGGCUUGCACCACUGGAUGAUGAUUGUGCUCUCAGUUUCCAACCUUCUCUGGCCGAGGUUCUACCCUUUACAUCCCGAGGUGUAAGUCUUCCCUUUCCUAGCUGUUCCUGCUCAUUAUUGUCCUAUGGACUCCUAUGGGGUUUGUCCCGAAGCCAGAGAGGAUUGAAGUCUAUGGGGCUGUAAUGCACAAGGACAGUGAAGGCUUGCACCACUGGAUGAUGAUUGUGCUCUCAGUUUCCAACCUGCUCCGGGAGUUUUGCAGCUCAUGGGACAACAAUCUAAGAACCAGCAGACUAAGAAUGAUCCAUCAGUGGGGUCAGUUGACUUCACAGACCAAAAAUUAGCUAUGGAAGCACUCAAUUUUUACAAUAUCGGCUAUAGCACACUGUAUAUGUCUUUCAGUUGGAUCACAUGUGUCAAACAUAAGGCCUACAGGCCAAACGCGGCCCACCAGGCCCUUUUUCAUGUGUCCCUUGCACCUCUCCUGAAGCUGCAGCACCCCCAUGUCUCUACCCCCCUCCACCUUGUCUCAGCAGUUGGCAGCAGAGAGGAGGACAGGACCCCUCUGCCAGAUCCUGUGCUUCUCUUUGCAGCCACGAAGAGGCUCAUCUCUGCCCCCACCUUAUCUCAGCAGGUGGUAACAGAGAGUAGGACUGGAUUCCUCCUGCAGACUCUGUGCAUCUGCAGCACCCUCCAUCUCCACCUACCUUGGUCUAAGCAUUUAGCAGACUCUGGCAGCUGACUCCAGCCUUUCUCUAGUCCUCCUCCAGACCCUGCAUUCUCUGCUUCUCGGACCCCCAGAUUCUUCCUGGCAGCAGCACAAGGGAGAAUUCAGGAUGAUGUUUAUGCCAAUUCAAGGAAUUUCAAUGCACAGAGGAUAGAGAAAAGGACAAAAAACAAAGAGCCUCCAGCGGCCCGGAAUCCCCAAGGUUGGGUUGUCAUCACCCUGGUGGUUCUCCUAAUCUUGAUGUUUCUUAUUUUGUUCAUCUUCACAAGUCUCCUGUUUGUUUUCUAUACGAGUAUCACGGAGGAGCAGUCCCGUCUGAACAACCAUGUCAAGGAACUCAACUCGCAACUAGAAAACAAUGAACAGGAAACAAAUAACAACUUCACAAUAGAAAUAUCACAUCUGAGGAGCAAUGUCAAGGAACUCACUUCACAACUAAAAAACUAUAAAGAGGAAACAGAUUCUGGGUUGAAAAGGAAUGUGUCUGCUCUGAAGGAAUCAGUUGGCAACAUAACAGAUGGCCUAAAGAAGAUAAAGAAUGAGAACAUCCAGGAGGCUUCCUGCACCAGCUGCCCCAAUGGAUGGCAACUAAUUAAAUCCAACUGCUACUAUUUCCAGGAUGAGGGAGUAUCUUGGGAUCGGAGUCAGGAGGAAUGCGAAAAGCGUAAUGGUGUCAUUGUGAUCCUGAAGGACAAAGCUGAGCUGGAUUCUCUGCUGCCAACCAUAGGAUAUCAGAGAUAUUGGUUAGGACUGAGGAGAGACAAUAAAGAUAUCAAUAAUUGGCUGUGGGCCGAUGGGAGCCGCCUAACCUUCAGUGCCUGGAACACAGGAGAACCCAAUAAUGAGCAUAACAGUGAACACUGUGCUGAGAUCCUGGGUGGACCCAAAUCAAUGAAUGACCGGAACUGUGAGGCCAACAUUGGUUACAUAUGUAAAAGGGCAUGGACCUGCUGAGAUAUACAGCCUACUAUGACAUACCCCUUGUGACAGACCUAGCAGGGACAGAGGCUUUUGGAGAGGACUGAAUGCUAGCCUCCUGCCUUCUGAAUAUGGGCCCUGGAUUUUAAGGGAACAAUACUCUUUGCAAGGUGUAUGCCUGGGGAGCUUGUAGUAAUGUUACUUUGGAUUCAAGUCCACGUCCCCCCAAAACACACAGGGC